AAGUUUGCUCCCGAGUCCGUGAAUGAGGGGCACCGGCAGCUGAGAUAGCUGCUCCAAACGGAGUAUCCCAAUUCCCGAGGUGAUGGAGAGGGUUGACGAGGCGUUCUUUGUUGAGUAUGAAGCGUAGUUUUGCGGAGGUGUGUCGCCAGCUGCAAGGUGUUGGCUCGCUGGAGUGUACGGGAUGGAAAUGUUAUAUUAAGAAUAGUUGUAGCCUUGGGUGCCCGUAUGGUUUCUCGGCCAACCUCGGCCCGUUCAACGAACGGACUUGGGUUAGGAUAGGUGAAGGGGGCUGCAGUCAGCAAAUCCCCCAUCGUCCCAACAGGAUGAGUCAGCUGGUAUUGAUUGCUGGCAUUGAAAGCUUGUAUCAAUUUGAAGCAUAUGUUGCACCAAUUCGGGCACUGUCCUACCGGCGCUUCCAUGGCCUGAGCGUAUUGUUGGAGGCUGGCGCUGAAGUUAUGAAGAUCGCUUCGGCAAUGCGGCAUAUAGCGACCAUGUGCCGGCAAUUUUCUGGCGGGGUGCUUUGUAACGGUCCCAGGAGUAUAUUGCAACUAGCUGGUGACGACUCUACGAGUUUGCCUCGAAUGGAGAAAGAAGAAGAAAAGAGAGAACUAGAUGACAGGAAGAGAGGGCAGCUCUUAUAUGCUCCGGAACACACAGACACUGCCUGCUUCAGGAUGACGUUAUCAUGAUACCACGGCCGAGGGUUGCCGAGGCCAUCAUGGGCUCAGCCCAUCACAGC